UUCAUUUUCAUCCUCAUCCCCAUCUUCAUCUUCAUCAUCUUCUUCUUCUUUCUCUCUUUCUUUCCUGAUCUCUCUUUUUAUAUCGUGAGUCCGUAAAUAAACGAAAGUAUAAUAAAUCGGUUGUCCAGCCGAACUAGUUGUUUGUUUUUGUUAUCAUCACCUUUCAAGAAAGAGAAAGAAGAAAAAAGAAGACAGAAAAUACAGUUUUAUUUUCAAUAUCAGUAAACUUCAUUUUUAUUUGUAAAUUGGAUGUUAUUGGUUACAUGAACAGAUAACUUUUUUUCCCUUCAACUUUACCAAAUUUUCAAUGUUUAACAGUAACUCCAAAACCAUUGCAACCUCAAAUCUUGACCAUUAAUUGACCAACAACAACAACAAAAUAGAUAAACUUAUCUUGCCUUUUGUUAACUUCAUUCCUUACCAUUGGAAAAUAAAUCUCUUUCCUUGUUUUGUUUGCAGUGUGUUUACAUCUUCAUUGUGCCACUUGAAUUUACCCAAAGUCUCCCAUUGUUAUCAUUGUUAUUCAAUAGCUUAUUUUACCCUUCCUAUUGAAGUUAAACAUUAAUUAAUAAAUUAAUUAAUAAUUGUAAUCGUCAACUGCAAAAAUUACUAUUAACUAAACAAAAAAUUAACAAAAUAUUUAUAAAACCUUCAUUUUUAUCCAUCAACUUACGUGAUUACUUCAAGCUUAUUUUCAACUCUUACUGUCUCUCUGUUUUCUCUGUUUUCUUUGUUUCCACUUUUUCUUUUUCUUCUCACUUCAUUUCUUGAUAAUUUUUUUACGGUGAUUAUACGUUUUGUUUUAUGGUAUGGCUCUCAAGGCAACCCAGAGCCUUCUAUGUGCAGGUUAUUAUCCUUCGUCCUCAUUGGCAUCACCAACAUUUCGAAAGCAGUUAACCCAAACUUGGUGUAAAUUGGCACAAACCCACCGAACCAGUAAAUCCUGUGAUCAAAAAUUGUCAACGACACUUCUAUCACCAUCCAAAGCUUUAGUUUCCUUGAAAUUGUCAUCCACUUCAAGAGCUAUUCCAUCGACAAUCCAAACGAAACCAUCUUCACCUGUAUUUCCCACUGAACUAGUGACAGACUCGUGUCCAGUCAAUCGUAUUAAUGAUCCAUCAGAAUGGCAGCUUGAAACGACGGACGAUUUUACAUCAACCAGAUAUGUUGGAGAUGAAAUGCAAUCCCAAUGUCCAUUUUCAGGUUCCAAACAGUUUGCUCAGUCAUCAGUCAAUAAUAGUGGAAUGGAUGGAAGAUUAGUUUACAAAGAUAUUCACCAAUUAAGAUGUCCCAAUUAUUCGAGUGCACAACCCUUUGAGGAGAUGCCAACACCUAAAAGUUAUCCAGUAGUCGGUACAACAUUAACUCUAAUGGCUUUUGGUGGAGCCGCACAUCUACAUGAAUAUUGUGAUUCACGUCAUAAAGAGUUAGGACCCAUUUAUAGAGAAAAAUUAGGACCCACUGAGUGUGUUUUCAUUGCUGAUAGUUCAAUGGUACAAAAGGUUUAUUCCAAUGAGGGAAGAUUUCCUAAUCAUAUGGUUCCUGAGGCAUGGACCAUUUAUAACGAGAUUACCGGUGUCAAGCGAGGCCUCUUUUUUAUGGAUGGACCAGAGUGGGAAAGGCGAAGAAAAGGAAUGAACAAGGUAUUCUUAGCGCAACCCAUAAUUUCGGAAUAUACUGAGUCAUUCAACGAAGUCGUAACUGAUGUAUUAAAUAAAUGGAGCAGUUUGGUUGAGUCCAACAAAGACGAAAAUGGUCGCUCAGGUCUUUUAACUCAACUGGAAAGAGAGCUUUAUAACUGGUCUAUUGAAUCGUUAUCUACAAUGAUUUUUGGUCGUCGUUUGGGUUGCGUUGAAACUUCUCAUGAUUUACGAUAUAAAACUCAUAAAAUGGAUCAAGUACACCUCUUUGUCCAGUGUGUUCAACAAUUAUUUGUAGAGUCUGCUAAAUUGACUCUUCUUCCUGCACGCUUGGCUCAACGUUUUAAUCUACCAGUUUGGCAACGAUUUAUGGAAGCUGCAGAUCAAGCCCUUAGAUUAGCUCGAAGUUAUGUCGAAGAGAAUGUUAAAGCAGCUCAAGAUGAUCCAGAGAAUGGGUCCAGAGGAGUUUUAGAAAUGCUCUUGGCUCAACCACAGAUUGACCAAGAAGAAUUGAUUAGAAUUAUUGUAGAUUUGUUUCUGGCUGCUGCUGAUACGACUUCACAUGCAACUCAAUGGGCUCUCUAUUUGCUUUCAAAAAAUCCUGAAUACCAAGAGAAGAUAUUGAAACAAGUUGAAUCAGUUGUUGGAAAAAAUGGAACUGUUCGUGAAGAACAUCUCAAACAUUUCACCUUGGUUAAAGGAGUCAUCAAGGAAACUCUCAGAUUGUAUCCUGUUGCUCCCUUUAUAAGUCGAAAACUUGAUCGUGAUAUUGUAUUAGGUGGAUACCAAAUUCCAGCAAAUACACUACUUGCCAUAUCCUUAUACACAACUGGUCGAGAUGAAAAGUAUUGGACCGAUGCAAAAUCCUUUAAACCUGAAAGAUGGGUCAGAGAAGAGUCAAAUAAGAAAAUAAUUAACAGUCACGCUAGCUUACCUUUUGGGUUAGGCAUUCGAUCUUGUGUUGGUCGUCGAGUUGCCGAAGUUCAAAUGCAAUUUCUUCUUUCAAGAAUAAUUCAGAAAUUUUACUUCGAACCCGGAAAUAAAGAGGACAUCGGUAUUAAACUACGAAUGAUUACCACUCCAGAGUCUCCGAUACAUCUACGAUUAGUUGAACGUUCAGCUGUUUAACAAAACCUAAACUGAAAACCAAACCAAACCAAAAACAGCUGUUUAACUAAACUUCUAUUUCAACAAAUUUUAUCAUAUUUCACUCAUCAUUUCCACAACCAUCUUGAACAUCAUGAACCAUCAAGAACAGAAUUUGCAAUUGCUGUUCUUAGUCGAUUAUCUCAUUGGCGAUUAACGAGAUACAUUUUUAACCCACCGUUUUGUAAUCUUGAAAGGACCAUCAAGUCAUCGAUAGAUUUGAAAGGAAAAGCAGAAGUGUAAAGACAAUGGAAAAGAAAAACAUCUCUCAAGAAUCUCAUCUCAUCACAUCAAUUCGUUAAUCAAAUCUUCAUACCUUGUUUUAAAUCUUUGCAUAUAUUUUAAUCAAUUUAUCUAGAGUCUAAAUUCCCACGCUAGUACUAAAAAAUUUCGUAUUAAGAGACUUAUCAGCUGAGGCAAAGUGAUAAAUUUUUAUAUAAAUAUAUAUAUUUAAUCAUAAGCAUUCAAAUUUAUUUAAAAAUCAUAAAAAUUAGUAAAUGAAAAUGAAAAAAUUGAUGAAGCUUGUUAACGUUUUAAAUACCAUGAAAGUUGAUUUCUCUAAGUUAUUGUGAUAUAAUCUAAUGUCAUCUUGAAUGAUCAAAGAUCAACUCUUCAAUUUUAUAUCUCUUUGUUUAUUUUAAUAACUGCACAAAGAUUUAAUAACCGUCGGAUUACACCUUCGUAACUUUUUUUAAUCGAUUUUUAUACAAGCCGUUAAUAAUAUGCAUAAUUGUGAUACCUUUUGUCAUAAAUUUAAUCUCCCUAUUGAUUGAAUUUAAAAAAAAGCAACAAUAAAAAACUCAAUCAAACAAAAAACAAGGAGAAAAAAUAAAAUUCAAAUGAUUCUCGUUCAUUAAUGCCAAUCAGUUGAAAUAUGAUUCUUUGCCAGAACAAUCAAAAGGUUACUCAUUCUGGGAAACACAAUUCAUUUGAUGGGGAAGUUGAUGGCCAAUAACAAUAACAACCUGAUAGUUAUCGAAUCAAAGACAAUGAAGUUUAUUUACGGUGUUUUGCUCGUCUUUUCGUGCAGCUUUGCUCUCACCUUUAGUUCCGAUGAUGGUCGAUUACCCUCGAAGGUACCUGUUUAUCAUCCACCUUAUGAUCCCAUUGAUAUGGAACAGUUUAGACCCAGAGUAAAGGGAUCUGAGGUUGCGAGACGGAUCCAACUAACCUUCCAAGAAGCACUGAAAAUGGUUAGACGACAAAAGCUGCAAAGUUGCGUUGCUCUCAUUAUUUGUACACUUGCCUGUGAUCCUCAUGCUUAUGGGCCAGACGGAGAUGAAACUUACUCCAAGUUGAUUCAUUUUAAUCAUUUAAGCAAUUCAACUCAAAUUCCUGAAACCAAUUCCAAGGAUAUUGCCAUGUUUAAAGACGCCGAACUCAAAGGAAUAGCUCAUGCUAAACAUUGUGACCUGUGUAAAUCAGAUUAUCCUCGAUGCCGUCGAGAAGUUGUAGAUCUGCUUCAGAUGUUCUUGAAUUUUGAAAUUGAAGACUAAAAAUUGACUCUCGUUAACCGUCAUUCCCAAUAAGCAGAUACCUUCAAUUUACAAUGAAACAUUUCACAGUUCUCAGUCAUUCGCUAAAUUCAAUGUUAAAUAGUUUAACUAUUCAAGCUCAUUCAACUGGACAAUUGACUGGUAAUUAAUCCAUAUUGCCUGAUAUUUUAACUUAUCAAUCGAUUUAGAUUCAUUUUUCACUCUAUUCUUGGACUACUUUAAAACCAAGGAUAACGCAUUGAAUGGUGAAUUAUUUUGGGUUAACUUGGAAUAAUAUAUUGAUGCAACCUUUUUUGAUUAUUGUGUUUAUUAAACAUGUAUUAAUUAUGGUAUAAUCAUUUUACAAUAACAAGCUGAGCCCCCGAUCAUGGCUGAUCGUAAAUUUCUUUUCACUGAAUACAAUAAAUUCAAUCCACAUUUAAA